ACGUGGUACUGUUUAUGCAAAUCACUGAGAGCAUGCAAGGCUGAAUUUAUUUUAAUAGCUCUGUAUCACAUCAUCAUUGACCGUAUGGAUAAACCUAGAGGAUUUGGUGUUGAAGCAUUGCCACUGGGUUCACUGGACAUUGAAAUUCCUUUCUGUCCUCAUGGACCUACCCUACUGUUUGAGAGGUACUAUGCCAGUAAAGAGCCAAGGAAAUUCUUCGUUUGCUCGGUUCAUCGGAACAGAAAAGGCUGUCCAUUCUUCCACUGGGCUGACGAACCCAUUUCAGAAGAGAAAAGUCAAAGGUGGAUGUCUACUUUCAGAGAGAGUCAGCCAAAAAUCAACCGGCUCAAGCUCCAGUCAUCUCUAGUUGCUGCACAAUCCCUUCCACCCACUCAACGAUAUUACUGCUACCAGUGUAGUAUACUGUUCUUUGAGUCUGAUCUCAUGUCACAUUCAGGACACUUUCUUACGAAAGAAAUCAGUGAUGAAGUUUUGCUCAAGCCCACCAAAUUGAUCACCCCUGUAGACGAUAGGAAAUCUCAAGCACAAUUCUAUUUCUCCAAACCGUUUCUUCAACUGUUUGUUCGUGAGCUGACCAGACUGGAUUACACACAUGUUCUAUGUGUGGGAACUCCAAGACUCCAUGAGACUCUAUCCUGUUCCGAAACCUUUCACUCGCUGCUACUGGACAUUGAUCACAGAUAUGCACAAUUUUUCUCAGUGGAGAAAUUCCAAAGGUUCAACAUGUUUACCUCCCAUUUUUACGAGAAAGGAGGAAGGAAGGUCUGCGAGGAGUUCCUAACCUCAUCCCCAGGGAAGGUGGCCAUUGUGGUGGACCCUCCGUUUGGAGGGCUAGCGACAGUGCUGGCUGCUGGAUUGCAGGGACUAUGGAAAAUGGCUGGAGGUGACCUGACCACAUUCCUGGUAUUCCCUUACUUCAUGGAGAGUCAUGUGACUGAUACCCUCCCGUCACUAUGGAUGAUGGACUACCAGGUGACGUAUGACAAUCACAAGCAUUUCUCGGACACUGCUAAGAACCCAUCUCCUGUACGGAUCUUCACCAACCUACCUCAGCCAGGCCUGAAGCUGCCAGCUACCAAAGGCUAUCGACUCUGUGUCCCGUGUAACAAAUACGUGGCCAAGCAGAACACUCACUGCAAUACCUGUGACAGCUGCACUUCAAAGAAUGGGAGACAAUACAGCCACUGCUUCUCGUGUGGAGAGUGUGUCAAACCAGGGCGUGUUCAUUGUGCCACAUGCAACAAGUGUGAGCUCCCAGAUCAUCAGUGUGGACAGAAGGCCAGUGUUGGUUGUCAUGUGUGUGGCUCGUUGGAGCACAAACGAAGGGACUGUCCCAAGACAAAGUGUACACCUAAACCAAGUAAAAGGAAAUUGCCUGGUCCUAAGCAAGCUAGAGCAAAGAGACACAAGAAAUGAUUUUUUAGGCGUUUUUAAAAUGUCUUUAAUCGUGUUGUCACUUUCUGCUCUACUUUAUGACUAUGUGGAAAUAGCUAGCUAAAAAUGUUAUGCUAAAUAUAGUACAAGUACCAUAGAUAUCAAGGGUGUAUAUAUUGGAUUUGUACUAAUUUCUACCAGUGUA